UUUAAUGAACCAAGUGAGAUGUAUCAACAAACUCCAGGGGAUUUCAGUGUACUACACAGCCCUGAACAACCUACUCAGAGGGACCCAGGCUACAUCUAUGUGCCUAGUGAACACCAAAGAAUGUUUAGUCCACAUCUUUCAGCUAUUGCACCAAAAACACCUGAAUCGGGGACAAAUCCUUAUGAACAACUUGAAGGCUUGCAUGGUUAUGUGCCUUAUGAGUCUACUAAUGUUCCUGUUGCAGAAUCGGAGAUGCCAGCUCCUUACCCACAGCACACAAACUAUGCAUAUGCUAGUAAUAUGAGUUAUACAGGGGGAACACCUGGGAAUAUCUCAUUCCCUAAGGCAAACUUUGGCUAUACAGGCAAUCAUAGUCUGGACAGUUACAUUCCAGAUAAAUUGGUCAAUCUGACUAUAUCAAAUAGCAGAGCCAUUCAGAUUGGAAAUAGUAAUUACAUGUCAGUUGAGGAACCACUAGCAAUAAACAGGCAUGGCACUGAACAUUUUUACCUACAAACAAUAUCAACAUGUGUUUGAGGACACUUCUUUAGCAAAAGAGAACCAGCUUCUGCUUUUGAGAGAUAACCUGUCCAGAAAAUGGAAGGAGUUUUGCACGCAAAGUUGGAUUUCGACAACCAGAAAUUGAUGAAAUUGACCAUGACUAUGAAAGAGAUGGACUAAAAGAAAAAGUGUUCCAAAUGUUGCACAAGUGGCAAAUGAAAGUUGGAUCUAGGAGUGUUACAGUUGGAAAGAUUGCUAAAGCCCUAUUUGAGUUGGGAGAAAAAGACCUUCUUAAUAAGCUCAUUCAGCUGAAAUAA